AUGUCACCAAAGCACAAUAUACGCUAUGCAACCGAGUCCGACGUUCCCGAUUUGAACAAAGUCAACGUACUGAGCUUUCAGAGUCGCCGCUCCCGUACUGCUAUCUUCCCCAACGCUUCGCUGCCAGUGCUGAAAGAAUACAAGUCAUUGAACUGCAUAAAAUCUCUGGCUAAUCCAAGCCUGCAUGUUACUGCAAUCGAGGAUUCGGAUCCGAAUUUGAGCACAUCAGAAGACCCAAGCCUUGCCAUCGAGUCUGAUAAUCUCAAGAUUGAGGUGGUCGCGUAUGCUAGAUGGCUCAUCCCUGAAAUAUUGGGCGAUGGUCCACACAUCGUCCAUCUGAGCCCUCAUGGACAUGAAUUGGCAGCUGCAGCUGAGACGCCUUUGCAGUAUGCUCCAAGACCGAUGAACGAGGACCUCUAUAAUGCGUCGCGUGCAUUAUAUGGGCAGGCGAGGAAGAAAUACUUGGACGAAAGAGAUAUCGGGCCUCGCCUCUGCACUUCUCGAAUGGGGUAUCGAAAAGCAGAUGCGCUCCAAGCUCGAAUCUAUCUGGAAGCCACUCCCGAGGGUGUAGCACUUUAUACACGGUAUGGAUGGAAACCAAUCGAGGAUUUCAAGCUUAACUUGAAGCUUUAUGGAGUCGCAGGUGAAGAAGUCUUUACGGUUAUGGUGAGGGAGCCCAAAUUGGCCGCUUGA